AUGAUCCUGGGAGCCCCAGAAGAGGGACAGCUCCUGGAGAGGCAGGCUUCCACCCGGCAAACCUCCUUCCAUCUUCAUACCUUCCGGCUCCAAGGACCGGACUUUGUGGGAGCUUUUCAGUUGUCCAGUUCCAACUGUUUCAACACAUGUUACUACGGCUGGCAACAAAGCCUCAAAUACAAGAUGGCAAAUUAUCGCACCAAACUCAGAGGCUACGGUGUUCCAGAGGUGAUGUGCAAUGCCUUGAAGCGCAAGAGUCCUGCAGACCAGAAAUCUGCAAAGAAUGUGAAAAAGCCUCGAAAGGCAGAAGUAAACUACCUUCCCCCUUAUCCAGUAGGAGAAGAUGAGGAAAGUCAAGAACAGGAAAGGAUUCAGUUGCUCACAGAAGUAACGAAAAAAGACAACAAUAAAUUGAUCAAAGAAAAGAUGGCCAAAACCUUUGCACACCGAAGAAAUGAAAUCAUCAACCAAUCACCCACCAUAGAGGACAUCAAAGCCAGAUGGCCAGCUCUAUUUGAGGCAUCUUGUAUCCAGGAUGAGUUUCACAGAAUCACAACGGUGCACCUGGAACCAAAGUUCAUGUCCAAGCUGGAUGAAUACACUCCCAGGCUUCUGAACCUCUUCCACUCAAAGGGCGGGACCAUGGGAUUGAAGUUGCAGACUACCCUGCUGAAGGCUCCUAGCAAUCCUACCAUCAACAUGACCAGAGACAUUGUCAUCCGGUGUUUGAUGUUGUACCUUGGGGAAUGUGCUGAGCAUCUCUUUAAAGAGUAUGAUGAUGCAGCUGAAGACAGUGUGGCACAGGACCUUGCUGUACAAGGGAUGAAAAUCUACAGCAUCCAGACCAGUCCUUUAGAGGGCACAGAGGACAUUGGAAUCGUGAUAGAGGGAACAAAGGCCCUGACUGCGCUGGGUAACUUUCCAAGGGCUUGUGCCAUGCUCAUUGGGUUGACUUAUGCAAUGAAUCUUGCCUACCCCAAGGACCUCAGGUACACCUUUGAAGCCUUUCAGAAACUCUUCCUUGAGCUGGAUUGUUCAAAGCUUUCCCCAAAAGUGAACAGCCUCAAGAACAAGCUGUUGGCUUAA